CUUCUUCAACCCGGUCUUGUGCAGUAGAUGUCAUCUCGGGUCGGACUUCUUUCUUUUUUCUUUUUUCUCCCAAAAAUUAUUUUUGAAAGAACGAGUUUGUGUCUUCUUCGUUGUGGUGGCCAACAGCCAGUGUCGUUGCCGCAAUCGUCACAAUCGGAUCACGUUGGGACGGAAAUCGUCUUCGUCAUAGGCUCGCUCGUCCUCAUUCGGCACGUGUUCAGUCAUCACUUCCUCGACAAGGUCUAUUCUGAUUUCUGCGACUGUUUCUCCCGGAAGAAGGAGAUGGCUAAUUCGAACAGAAGAUUGCUCUCGAUUGCAGUACUUUGGGUGCUCAUUCUGUUUGGAACUCUCGCGCUCAUACUGAAUCGAUUGGGAGAUGCUGGUGUUUCGUCCGAGGAUAAUGCGAUUGGGGAUAAGAAGGUUGGAAAUCUGGAGGAUGUGGAUGAAGUAACUCAAAAAGUCUACUUUGAUAUUGAAAUUGAUGGAAAACGGACAGGGCGCAUUGUGAUGGGACUCUUCGGAAAAAUUGUGCCAAAGACCACUGAAAAUUUUCGAGCGCUCUGCACAGGGGAGAAAGGAACCGGAUCAAGUGGGAAGCCCCUUCAUUUUAAAGGUAGCAAAUUCCACAGGAUCAUACCAAAUUUCAUGAUCCAAGGAGGCGACUUCACCCGUGGCGAUGGACGUGGCGGGGAAUCAAUUUAUGGUGACAAGUUUUCCGACGAGAACUUCAAAUUGAAGCACACAGGCUCCGGUGUUCUCUCGAUGGCGAAUUCUGGCCCGGAUAGCAACGGAUCCCAGUUUUUCAUCACAACGGUGACUACAAGCUGGUUGGAUGGACGCCAUGUAGUGUUUGGAAAAGUGCUUUCUGGAAUGGAUGUGGUAAUGAAGAUCGAAGCUCAAGGAAGAGGGAAUGGAGUUCCCAAAAGCUCAGUCGUCAUUUCCGACAGUGGUGAAUUGUCUUUCUAAUAAUCUGUACAUUUUGUUUGGUUUGAUUUUAUUUUAUUUGCCCAAAGUUUUCAGAUUCAACUUUAUUAAAAGCAUGACAUAGAAGAUAUGUGUUGCCACAGCCACCAUUGUUGUAUUCCAAAUACUGCAAGUAUAUGUAAAAUUAUACAUA